UUUUUUAUUUAGGGUUCUUAAUCGAUAUGGGAGUUCAAUUGUGGUAAUGUGUGCUAAUAAUCUGUCGUUAAUGUGUGCUAAUAAUUGCGAUUGAGGGUUCACGGUUUGUUUAAAACUCGAUUGUUGCAGAUGGAAACUCCCCGAGAACCUCAUUUCUUCAAGCCUCUUCUUCCUGGUUUUCAAAGUGGCGUCGCAAUACCACUUGACUUCUACUCAAAACACAUACAAGGGGCUGAGAUCAAUAAACCGUGGAAGCUAAGAGCGGACGCUUCAGAUCAAAUUUGGGAGGUGAUCCGAGAAGGCAGGACACUCACGAAAGGUUGGAAAGAGUUCACCGAAGCACAUGAUCUUCGAAUCGGUGACAUUGUCAUCUUCAAACACGAAGGAGACAUGGUCUUUCAUGUGACUCCUUUUGGUCCUAGCUGUUGUGAGAUUCAGUAUACACAUCCUCACGCGGAUGAUGCUCCUACUUUCUCAUACGACUACUGCUUCUUGGCUGAGGUUACUCCUACAAAUCAAAAGGACGACAAAAUGUUUCUUCCUGUGGAAGCUAUGAGGUGUGGUGCUUUGAACCAACAAUGCAAAGAGGUCAAACUUGUCAACAAGGAGGGAAAGUCAUGGACUGCGCGCUUCGGAUUUAGCGAAUCAGACGGCGCAUAUUACAUCAGCAGAGGGUGGAGAAAGUUCUGUCGUGAUAACAGAUGCACCAACGGAGAUUUGUUUGUGUUCAACGUGGUUGGAGACGGGACGACAACUCCAUUACUGUGUGUAUGUCCGGAAAGGAAGGAGUGUACUGAACUACUGAUCAAGCACUUCAGCAGAAUCGAUGGUAGCAUUGCUUCUACCUCACGAAAUUAGAUGGCUCUUUUGCGGUCUUUCCUCUCUAUCAUCUUAACUUGUUUCUUUUUGUUUCAUUAGCAACUUAUCAACUUAUGUAUUUCGGUUUGUAAAACUUGAAUGGUUUUUCUAUGUGAACUUUUAUCCUAAGUUAAACAUUCUCGAACUUAA